AGAGAGAGAGAGAGAGAGAUCCGGUCGGCCAGUCAGCAGAUGCGCUGAGAGAGGCGAGCUGAAACCUUCACUGAUCCAUCCGGAGGGAAAGAAGGAAGGRAGGAAUCAGCAUCACAUCAACCCCCCUGGGGGCACACACUGCUACUGCUCCUGCUGCUGCUGGAAAGUACACCGGGUUUGCGGGAUUUCGCUGUGGAAUUUUGUAAUUUGUCAUUUUUGCGCUCGGACUUCAUUCAUCUCGGAUGUAGCUACCUCCGUGAAAACGGUCUGUUCUACUGGAAUCUGAGUACCAAACCAUGGGUCAAAGAACUGGACCAACCACAAUCAUUAAGUGCUUGAAUCCAGGAAGUCGUCUCAAAGAAACAUCACAAAAUGCAGCUCUAAAUCACUGACAGAACACUCUCAGGAUCACCUUCAUCAUAGCACUUUCGCCAAUCCACUUUAUGUGGAAACUGGAUAUUUUUUCCUUUUGUCUCUCUAAAGACUUGGCUGACAAGAUUAGAUUCCAUUCAUUAUCAAAACUAGAUCUGCCCCUGGAAAAAAAUAAUAAAGCAGAUAUUGCACCAUUUCCUUAGACUCUGAAACUAUUUUUGUGGAAUAUAACAUUCAGCACAUAAACCCUGGAGCUAAAUCGUAAUCAAAUGUUAUCACUUUGAGGAUCUAUUCCCAGUUCGAACCCUUCAGUAGACCUGCUGUUCUCUACAAUGCAUCCAAACGGCCUGGCUGGGCAUUUUCUCAUGCUUCUAAGUGCCAUGCUGGGUCUAAGUGUAGGCUUGGAGUUUACUGGCUCAGAAGGUCAGUGGGCUCGGUAUCUGCGAUGGGACGCCAGCUCUCAAAGUGAUCUGACAUUUCAGUUCAAGACCUCAGAAUCGGAAGGCCUGCUGCUCUACUUUGACGACGGUGGUUACUGCGACUUUCUGCUCCUCACUGUGUCCGAGGGUAGGCUGCAGCUUCGUGUCAGCAUCGACUGUGCUGAGACCACCAUUGCCUCUGAUAAAAUGGUCAAUGACAGCCGCUGGCACUUUGCUGCCAUCAACAGGCAGAAUUUGUGGACUGGCUUAGCUGUGGACGGCCAGACUAAGAAAGGAGAAGUGCGGCCCCAGCGGCAGUUCAUGAAGAUCAUUAGUGACCUCUUUCUGGGAGGGCUUCCAGGGGAUAUCCGCACGUCUGCCAUCACCUUGCCUUCYGUUCGCGAGCUUCCGCCGUUCAAAGGAGUUAUCACCAACCUCAGUUAUGGGAGUAAAUUACCCACGUUGAUYAAUAGCCAGAAAGUACGAUUGGAGAUGUUGGGCCUCUGCACUGAGAACCCCUGUGAGAAUGGUGGGAUCUGCUCACUGGCAGAUGGAGAAACCUACUGUGACUGCUCCAAAACUGGAUUUGUAGGUCGAUACUGCACAGAAGUCAAGAGAAAACCAGAACUCGCACACCUGAAGGCAGAACAAGGUAGAAGCAAAGCGAGGGAAGAGAACGUGGCUACCUUCCGUGGUUCGGAGUACUUCUGCUACGACCUGUCCCAGAACCCCAUUCAGAGCAGCAGCGACGAGAUCACGCUGUCCUUCAAGACGUGGCAACGCAACGGCCUCCUCCUGCACACGGGGAAAUCCGCAGACUAUGUCAACCUGGCUCUGAAAGACGGGGCCGUUUCCCUCGUCAUCAAUCUGGGUUCUGGGGCCUUUGAGGCCAUCGUGGAGCCAGUCAAUGGAAAAUUCAAUGACAACGCCUGGCACGACAUCAAAGUGACACGCAACCUGAGACAGCAAUCAGGCAUUGGACACGCUAUGGUGACGAUCUCCGUCGAUGGGAUCCUCACCACCACCGGCUACACUCAGGAGGACUACACCAUGUUGGGCUCGGACGAUUUCUUCUAUGUGGGUGGGAGCCCCAGCACUGCAGACCUGCCAGGAUCCCCAGUUAGCAACAAUUUCAUGGGCUGCCUCAAAGAGGUGGUGUAUAAGAACAAUGAUAUCCGAUUGGAGCUCUCUCGCCUGGCUCGCAUCGUUGACCCUAAAAUGAAGCUCCAAGGCGAUGUGGUUUUCAAGUGUGAAAAUGUUCCCACUCUCGACCCGAUCAACUUUGAGACCCCUGAUUCGUAUUUGGCCCUGCCAAAGUGGAAUACCAAACGAGUUGGCUCCAUCUCCUUUGAUUUCCGCACCUCUGAACCCAAUGGGCUCAUCCUCUUCACCCACGGGAAGCCUCAGGGUCGACGGGACGUGAAGGGCCAGAAGAACAACAAGGUGGACUUCUUUGCUGUGGAGCUGCUGGACGGUGGGCUGUACCUGCUUCUAGACAUGGGCUCUGGGACAGUUAAAGUCAAGGCCACCCAGGCUAAAGUCAGUGAUGGUGCCUGGCACCAUGUGGACAUUCAGAGGGACGGUCGCUCCGAGGCAUCGAUUCUGUCUUACGACGGCAGCAUGUACAUGAAGGUGGUGAUGCCGAACAUCAUGCACACCGAGGCCGAAGACGUCUCGCUCCGCUUCAUGUCCCAGCGGGCCUUCGGUCUGCUCAUGGCCGCCACGUCCCGCGAGUCGGCCGAUACUCUGCGGCUCGAGCUGGACAGCGGGAGGGUCAAACUGACGGUCAACCUAGACUGUGUCAGGAUAAACUGUAACACCAGCAAAGGUCCUGAAGUUCUUUAUGCCGGACAAAAGCUCAACGACAACGAGUGGCACUCCGUACGAGUGGUCCGCCGCGGUAAAAACUUCAAACUUAUUGUGGAUGACGACAUGUCUGAAGGUCAGAUGGCAGGUGACCACACCCGCCUGGAGUUUAGCAACAUGGAAACAGGCAUCUUGACUGAGAAACGCUUCAUCUCAUCGACACCCUCGCCCUUCAUUGGUCACCUUCAGAGCCUCAAGUUCAACGGUAUGCAGUACAUCGACAUGUGCAAGAACGGGGACAUCGACUUCUGCGAGCUCAACGCCCGCUUUGGCAUGCGCUUCAUYGUCGCUGACCCAGUCACCUUUAGGACCAAGGGCAGCUACCUGGGACUGGCCACUCUGCAGGCUUAUACCACAAUGCACCUGUUUUUUCAGUUUAAAACCACCUCGCCGGAUGGUUUCAUCAUCUUCAACAGUGGAGAUGGGAAUGACUUCAUCGCAGUGGAGCUGGUCAAAGGGUUCAUCCACUAUGUGUUUGACCUUGGGAACGGGCCCAGUCUGUUGAAAGGGAAUAGCGACAACCCACUAAACGAUAACCAGUGGCACAAUGUGGUCAUCACACGAGAUGCUGCGAACACGCACACACUCAAAGUGGACUCGAAGUCAGUCACUCAGAAUGUCAACGGAGCCAAAAACCUGGAUCUUAAAGGUGACCUAUUCAUUGGCGGUUUGGGACCCAACAUGUAUCAGAACCUCCCCAAGCUGGUGGUUUCUCGGGAGGGCUUCCAGGGCUGCUUGGCCUCUGUUGAUCUCAACGGCCGCCUGCCAGACCUCAUCAACGAUGCCCUUUUCCGCAGCGGGCAGAUAGAGCGCGGCUGCGAAGUUGGUUUCACCAAAGCCGACCUGCAAGGCCCGAGCACCACCUGCCAGGAGGACUCAUGCGCUAACAUGGGCGUGUGCAUCCAGCAGUGGGAGAAYUUUACCUGCGACUGCUCCAUGACGUCCUACUCUGGGACCCACUGCAACGACCCUGGCACAACCUACAUCUUUGGAAAAGGAGGGGGACUGAUCACAUACACGUGGCCCAACAAUGAGAGGCCAAGCACACGGACUGACCGCCUAGCAGUGGGCUUUAGCACCACCAUCAAAGACGGCAUCCUGGUCCGCAUCGACAGUGCUCCACGCUUGGGAGACUACAUCAUGCUACAUAUUGAACAAGGCAAAGUGGGUGUGACUUUUAACAUUGGGACAGUGGACAUCAGUGUGAAGGAAGAUAGCACGCCAGUAAACGACGGUAAAUACCAUUUGGUCCGAUUCACCAGGAACGGAGGCAAUGCAACUUUGCAGGUGGACAACUGGCCGAUCAAUGAGCACUUCCCCUCAGGCAACAGCGACAUUGAGCGCUAUCAAAUGGCAAAUAAGAAAAUCCCUUUCAAAUAUACCCGGCCAGUAGAAGAUUGGAUUCAGGAGAAAGGCCGGCAGCUGACCAUCUUCAACACCCAGGCCACUAUCUCUAUCGGUGGGAACGACCGGAAGCGACCCUACCAGGGUCAGCUCUCUGGCCUCUAUUACAACGGGCUCAAGGUUCUCAACAUGGCCGCAGAGGGCCACCCCAACAUCAAGGUGAACGGCAGCGUGCGGCUGGUGGGCGAUGUUCCCACAAGCCGGGGCGCGGCACGCACCACCACCUCCGUACCGCCAGAGAUGUCCACCACCUUCAUUGAGACCACCACCACCCUGUCGACUACAACCACCCGRAAACAGCGCUCCCCACCCACCAUUCAGACGACAGAUGACAUUGUUUCGUCCGCCGAGUGCUCCAGCGACGACGAGGACCUGGAGGAGUGCGACUCCGGACACACAGGAGGGGAGCUAGUCAUCCCCAUUCUAGUGGAGGACCCCAUAGACAUCCCUUCUGUAUCCACCCGUUCACCCUUCAUUCCCUUCCCCCCAACCCUCCGCCCCGUCCUCACCAUUAUCGACACCACCAAAGAGUCCUUGGCCAUGGCCACUGAGGCGGGGGUACCUUGCUUGUCGGACCGAAGCAACGAUAAUUGUGAUGGUGGUGAUGGUGGUGAUGAUGGUGAUGAUGAUGAUGAUGAUGAUGGUGAUGAUGAUGAUGAUGGUGAUGAUGAUGAUGAUGAUGGUGAUGAUGAUGAUGAUGAUGAUGGUGAUGAUGAUGAUGGCAUGGUGAUUUCGGGGUUUGGCUCUGGUGAAGCUUUCGACUCUAGCCUGUCCCCGACUGACGAUGAAGAUUUUUACACCACCUUCUCCCUGGUAACAGAUAAGACCUUGACCACAUCGGCCUAUGAAGGUGGCUACAAAGUUCUCGCGCCCAAGUGGGAAGCCAAGGACUUGAGGCCUAGUAAGGCCUCAGAGGCAGGUAGGACUAUACCCACCUUGCCUCUGCCUGACAUUCGAGGCACACCGCCGGCGGCGGUCCCCUCGGAUACGCCACCUAAGCUGCCUGCAGGGAAAAUGAACAAUCGUGAGGUCAAACCCCUGCAGCCGGAAAUCGUCCUGCUGCCCCUGCCCACAUCCUUUGAUGUGGACGGCACCAAGCCGAGGGGCCCCUUCAUCACCUCACCCAUGCUGCGCACGGUCCCUGCUGCCUUGCCUACGAUACCCGGCGUGGUGAGGCGCGUGCCCCCGGGGGUCUCGGAGGUGAUCCGGGAAUCCAGCAGUACGACGGGCAUGGUGGUGGGCAUUGUCUCAGCUGCGGCCCUCUGCAUCCUCAUUCUCCUCUAUGCCAUGUACAAGUACAGGAACAGGGAUGAGGGUUCCUACCAGGUGGAUGAGACACGCAACUACAUCAGCAACUCGGCACAAACCAAUGGCGCCGUGGUGAAGGAUAAAACACCCAGCGGUAGCGCCAAAGGUAGUGCCAGUAGCAAGAGACCGAAAGACAAGGACAAGGAAUACUAUGUAUAGAAAACAAAUCAWUUCACAACAUAUAAAUAAACUUUUUGGAGCAAAGUUAUAGACAUUUUGACAGUACCAUAUUGGCAACUGUGAUUUAAAAAGAACUAUAAAUCUUGUGAGAACUCAAGACUCAAUGUCGGUGAAUCAUUUACAAAGGAACUUUGGCUUAUAGAAGCCCACUUACUAUUGUAAGCAUUAAAAAGUGACAAUGCAGUACAACUUCAUUGGGACAAUUUUACAAUGUCCCUGCUGGAGACAUUUGACAGUGUGACUUCUAACUCUGAACACCCCACAUGACCCCCAAGUGACUGUGAAGAGGUGUGUAAUCCUUGGAGUUCUGAUGACCUGUCCAUUGAACCCUGUAAGAUAUGAUCACUGUCAUUUUGGCCAUUCUGAGCAUGCAUGUGAGGUGUAUGUGAUGUGGUGCUGGCAUCUGUGUAAGCGAGGGACCUCAAGAGACUGAUUGUCGGGGAAAAGUUGGAAGUCAAAACAUGGUUUUUUGCUAAAAAAAAAUAAAAACAGUUCAUUAAAUGUAGCUUUCAGCGGAAGUACAUGAGGUAUGUGUGUUAGGAGCUGUCUAUUUCUGUAUUUUUUUUAUUUACUCAUUUACCAAUUUAUUUUUAUUUAUUGAACUUACGUUUUUUUAAAGUAUGUAGUCAACCAUCAGGGUUGACUAAACUGGACAGUGCUCAGCAGGCAUACAAAUGAUAGAUGAUGGAAAAGUAAAUCACAACCUGGCCAAUAAAAGUACCAUGCUUUAUUUCCCCUGAACAAACCAUUCAAAACUUCUGAUACUGCUUUUCUUUGCCUUCGAGUCCUUUAUUUGUUCUACUAUCUUGACAUUUCCUCACAUGUUGUAAGAGUCAACAAUGAAACUGUCAUCAUUUUAAAAUGAGGGGCUAAAUAUCCAGGUUAGAAUCAAUGCUGUGUGAACAAGUAUGAGUCUUUCAGUUGCCUUGUUUGUUUUUGUUUUUUGGGCUCAAUGGAAAAAAAACAAGUUCCUUUAAAACUUUUUAUAACCUUACCUAUUUGCAGACAGAAAAAAUUCAAGUGAUUUGUUUUUUUCUGUAAAAACAUAAAAGAAAUGGUUGUGGCCCAGAGUUAAGAAGUGCAGUAGGUUUGUCAGAUUAGAGSUUUGGUCUCUCUGGAUGACGUUUCAUUUCAGUCGCAUGAAUAUUUGACCAUCUGAAGCAGCCAGUUGAACAGACUCGCCUUCCUCAGACGUUCUGGGAGAGGAAACCUCCUYCUUCUUCUGAAAUAACUUUCAUCAUGUUGUUUAUUUUUUUAUUGGACAAAAAAAAAGAGUAUAAGUCAAAUAAAGAGAUAUGAUGGUGGAUUUGGAGAUCUGUGCUGGCACCUUACUCAUACAUUCUUUCUGCUCAUUGUUUUGUUUUUUUGUGACAUUUCUGUUCAACUUGUCUGUUUACUUUUUUAGUUGCUGUUAGUUAGCUGAUUUAAUGUCUCAUUUAUUUGACAGUAUGUUCUGGUUGUUGUUUUUCUGUCUUUAUUUAUUGCCGAAAUUAUUUGUUGUCUAUUUUCAUAUCUGUCAGUCGGUGUGUGUUUCCACUUUGAUUUUUACUUUUUAUUUAAUUAUUUAUUUAUUUAUUUGUGUUGGUACUUUUGGCAAUUAAUUGUUGUCUUAUGCUUCCUUGACUUCAAACAAUUCCCAGAAAUAAAAAGAAAAUGUUGUUCCCAAAA